ACACAGACAAACCCUAAAGAGUAGCGAAUACGUAAGAGCUUUACUUUGACGAUGGAGCAAAUUUGCAGAGAUGAUGAUUGGACUGUGGACAAGUCUUCGCUGACAACAAUCUCUUAUCUUGGCAGAGGAAGCUUCGGUUGUGUCUCUCUUGAGAAGGACUCCAACUCCAGACUUUGGGCGAAGAAGUCAUCGCCUAUGCAUCUCAGAAACAUUCUCGACAAGGAGCUCAGGAUCAUGCAUCGUUUCCGCGAUCAUCCUCGCAUCGUCAAUGCCUCAAACACUCUUCACUUGCAAACCAAACCCUACGAAUGCUACACGAUCUAUAUGGAGUACGCCUCCAAAGGUAAUCUCAAUAAGAUGAUCUACGGUUCUCGCAGGAGAUCACAGCAGAUAUCUGAGUCUUUGGUCCGACGUGCGGCUCGUAUGAUCCUAGAAGGACUCGUGGCUCUUCACUCCCGUGGUUACGUUCACUGCGACCUCAAGCCAUCCAAUAUUCUCCUCUUCCCUUCCACAACACCCGGAGAGCCGUGGGAUCUCAAGCUUGCUGAUUUCGGUUCAUCCAGGGAACCUGAUUUCGAUUAUGAUUACAUGUCCAUUGGUACGGCACAGUAUCUGCCACCAGAGUCUUUUGAGCCAAACAGACUAAUCAUCCAUCCAAACCUUGAUGUAUAUGCUCUAGGGUGUGUGGUUUAUGAGAUGUUUGGGGCAAUAGCUAUCCAAGAGAUAUUUGAUGAAUUUUACGAGUGGAAGUUGCGUGGUCGAGAUAUCUCUCCGGAGGCUAGAGAUUUCGUGAGGCGGUGCCUUGACAUUCAUCCACGCAGGCUCACCGCAGCUGAGCUCUUGAACCAUCCUUUCAUUACAGGAAGAUCGAUCACAGAAGCGGACAAGGAGAUAUAUAGCUCGUUGAUUCCAAGUCUCUCGAAACUUCUCUUGGCCUGAUCCUUGAUCCUCUUCAUCUGCUCUGCUGUAGUAUAUGAAAUCUAACUCUUUGUUCUUUCAAUUCAAAUAAAUAAGAGUCGUGAGAUGACUGCAAUCCAGAGCAACGACUUCCAUCUGGUGAUUUCAGUUUACAUAAUGAACUAUCUACUUUUAUCUGAUUCAGAGGUUUGGUUGGUUUCUAAUGCUUGCAUCGGAAGAAAAGUACUCUUA